AUGAACGCCGAAGACGAGCCACAUAACCCCUCUGUUGAUUCUACUGUCCAUACUCUUGGCCAAAGCCCAGGCACUCAACUUCGAAGUCCUGGAAUAGGCAAAAGGAGGAAGCCUGGAAGGCCGCUAGGGUCCAAGAACAAAGCCAAGGCAAUGAUGCCAUCCUCUCAAGGUAUAGGACUCCGAAACAGAACCGUCUUUCUUCCAUGGAAUGCAAUCGACAUCAGCGACAGCAGCGAAGAUGACAAAAAUGAGUUCAAAGACGUCGACGACAAUGGCAGUGAAUGGGAGGGCGAUACCUCCGACACCGAAAAGUACGAAUCCAAGGUCAUCUCCGAGCAGCGGCAAGCGUAUCGAAAGGGAGUUCGGCAUAUGACCCAACUGAUCCGUGAAAAGGGCCCAACCACCAAAAGAAGUCUCGAAUCCCGUCGUCAAGUAUCUUCUUCUCCCGCUCCUCGACGUACUGGUGUUUGGAAUCAAGCCAAGGAGGACCAAUUAAACGAUCUUUGGGAACAUAGCUUGGAAAGGGCAGCUAUGGAGCAUUACUCCAAGGGGGCUCACAGUCUGUUGACGGCGUGGAAAAUGUCACUGCAACUCUUCGGCAUUGAUCCUCCCGCAUUAAUCUCGAUGUAUCGACACAUGGAGUUCGAAAAUAGCACCAACGAAUGCUUUGAUCAUCACGGACAAAUGAAACGCAAUCCACUCUGGUCACACGAAUUUUGCAGAAAGCUCACACGAAUCAUGGCUCAUCCUCUAUUCACUAACGAGAACGAUCAUCGCUUCAUUCCUAUCCUCAUCAGAUGGGCUGUGAUCUGUAGGGUCGAUGAUGGUCACGGCUUCACAGAAUUGGAGCAGCAAUUACUGGACGACGUCUGCGUCAACUUUCUCCCAUCAGAUAUUCAAGAGUCCUUGGUAAAGCGCUUCGAAAACUAUCAGCAGAAGCGAAAGGACGACGGUCGAAUCGUGUCCAGGCAUGCGCAACUGAUGUCUCGGAUUGUGGACUAUUCCAAGACAAUGAAAAGAGAAUCUGCCGACAGCUUCGCCCCCGUCAAAACCCGAGAUCUGACUGUCAUCAUCGAAGCUCUGGAUAGCCUCGACCGUUACACUGCCAACAUGACGUGCGAAACAUACUUUCUAGUCUAUUCCGCUAGCAAACGACCUGGCGAUUAUCCUGUGGGACUGCCUGGCCUUUCGGAUGCGUACAAGAUAUCAUGGAUCAACUUACAACGUCGAAGAAUGCCCGAUUAUAACGAGAUUCUGCUGACCACCAUCACUGUCGCACCCAACGAUCGAGCCAACGGAGUGGACCUAGAUAUUGAAGAAGCCGGGGAACUCGACAUGAAUCCGAUCCCGUGCAGCCCUAUCCCAUCAGUCGAUGGUGGAGAAACGACUGCUUCUGAAGCAAACGAACCACCCCAGAAGGCUGAUGGAGAUCCUUUACAGGAUCACCGUCGUAGCCGCUCGCCAUCAGAACUUGAAGACGGUGAGAUACGGGAAGAAAUCAAAGUCCUCACUUCCACCCACAAUGAUGAUGAUGAUGAUCAUCAUCAUCUGCACAAAUACCCAAAAUCCUUGGUAAGAAUUGAUCAACGUUCAGGGGCUCCUGCUCAGAGUGAGCCCCCGAAACCUCCAGAGAUCCCAACACAGCAUUCUACAAAUGACUUUGGUUUGGAUAAAGACUUUGACAAGCUGCCGCUAUCCUUUUCCACGCCCACACAUGUACCUACCAAACCGAGAGCGCCAGAAGCUGUUAUGACACUCCCACCACCACGAACCAGGGACCCCUACCGAAACCCUGCUAGAUUCUACGAUAAUGGCCACAAGGAUGACCCUAAAGGCGGCUUUCGCAAUGUAGACGAACUCUCCGAAAGGCGUACUGGUAAGGGAAAUACUGGCAGGCGAAAUACCGGCGAUGAGGUAUCAACGCCAACACGGGACCCUCGAGCUUCAAGCAGGCACAAGGAGCCGAUGACGGCACCAAGUCGAAUUCGCAAGAGGGAUUACCAAAGAGAUAGAGAUGAAGCUGGUGAAUACGCAAAGAGACGAAAGUUUCAUGGACGGAGCCGAGAUCAUCGUUAUGAUAGACGAGAUAGUGCCGACGACCGUCGAGGCGCUCAUCAUCAUCCGCAACGAUAUCUGGCUUCGCAGCCACAGCGGCCGGCCGGCCCAAGAGCCUGGCAUUUGGAACAAAGGUAUAAAAGAAUGUGA